UAGCGGCGAAACGGAAAUGACGUAGGCUGUCUAUCCACUGGUGUCUAGCAGGAGGCGAGUCUGCGGGGUUGCAGCUGGAUGCUAUUGUAGAGAGUGGACAUGCAAAAAGUGGUCAAAAGAACCGCUGCACAUCAGGAUCGUCUGUAAAACAGGUCUGUUUCAUCAAACCCAGGGAUCAAGAUUUUUUUCAUCUUCAGUAAACCCAUUUAUGAAUUAGAGAAAUAAUUUCUGUUAUUCGACAAGGUCCACUUCAUCAUAUGCAAAAUGGGUAAUGAAGACACUGAGGAUCAAACAGAUGUAAUGAAACUGGAAGAAGCAUCAGGAUCUUCAUAUGAUUCCAUAAUGGCAGAUAAAUCUGGUUGUUUGCAGAUCAAAAACACGUUUCGAAAAAGAAAGCAAAGAACAAAAGCCAGCAAAAAUGUUACUUGUCUUCAUUGUGGAAAGGGGUUUAAAAGGAAAAAAUACCUUAUGAAGCACAUGAUAACCCACACUGAAGAAAAGAUUUUCACCUGCCCUCAGUGUGAGAAAAGUUUCAAAAGCAGAGAAGCACUUAAAGGUCACAUAAGAAUUCACACUGGAGAACGUCCAUACACAUGCCUUCAGUGUGAAAAGAGUUUUACACAGAAAUGUAGUUUUAAAAGCCACAUGAGAAUUCACACCGGAGAGCGCUCACAACCAUGUUCUCAGUGUGGAAAGAGUUUUAGACAAAAACAAAGUCUUAAACUCCACAUGAGAAUUCACACGGGAGAGCGUCCAUACCCAUGUCUUCAGUGUGGAAAGGGUUUUAUGCAUAAACAUAGUCUUAAAAACCACAUGAGAAUUCACACUGGAGAGCGCUCGCAACCAUGUUCUCAUUGUGGAAAGAGUUUCUCAGAUCCAAGUAAUCUCAAACUCCACAUGAGAAUUCACACCGGAGAGCGUCCGUACCCAUGUCUUCAGUGUGGGAAGAGUUUCAUAUACAAUUAUAGUCUUGAUUACCACAUGAGAAUUCACACAGGAGAGCGUCCGUACCCAUGUCUUCAGUGUGAAAAGAGUUUCACAAGCAAAGCUAAUCUAACGGUCCACAUGAGAUUACACACAGGCGAGCGACCUUACACAUGUCUUCAGUGUGAAAAGAGUUUUAAACACAAAAAAAGUCUUGACAACCACAUGACAAUUCACACUUGAAAAUGACCAUUCCCAUGUCUUCAGUGUGGAAAGAAUUUCACAAAAAAAAGUAAUUUGACGAUCCACAUGAGAAUUCACACCUGAGAACAUUUAUA